AUGGAUCGACGUCGAGCACCCUUAUCUGACCUCCAACGAAUGAUAUCGAAACUCUCUAGACGCCUAGAUAUAGCUGAUUUGGGGAAGGUGCUCGAAAGUUGCUUUUCUAGGUUGUUGGAUUCUCCAUGUUUACUUGAAGAACUAUAUAAAGGGUAUGGCAAUGACUGUUUAGCUUCUCCAUCUUUAGCGGAUUUCCACGAUAAAUUAGCUGUUGAAAUUACAAAAGCUGUAUCCCACUCGGAUUGGGAAGUUCGUGACACAGUGGUGGAAAUUGCGGCAGCUGUACCUUGCUUCCGCCCUAUGCUAGGACCACUCAUCCCUCUGGUCAAAUUCGAUCCAUCACCAUACGUGCGAGCUGCUGCCCUGAGGUGUCUGGUGCUAGACUCUCAGUACCAUGUGGAUGACCUCCCCCAACUUUGUGAAAGCGUAGUCCUACUGGAUGCAGAUGCGGAACCUAGACUUGUAGCUAUCCGCUAUCUGCAAAGUACACUUGCGGAAAACAUAACCCAUGUGUUCCGCAUUCUCCCUAAAGCUAUCGAAGACAGUGAUGACGAGGUGAGACGGAUCAUGGUUGGUAUGUGCCCAAGCUUACUCGCUAUUGAAGAAUACGCUGCUGAUACCGUGAAAGAACUUCAGGAAUGGACUGAAGAUGCUGAAAUUGGUGCGGCUGUUCGCGUCGUGCUCGGCGAACCAGCAGCUGAUCGACCUGAUCCCGUUGAGCAUAUCCUUGCGGAUAUGAUGAAUGCACUGCGAGUGAACAUUAAUGAUACCAUUGACUGUUACUAG